AUGUCUAGGGCUGUAGUCAUUAACACAUGGAUCUGUAUUCAAUAUUUGCAAUGGAUUUCUGACUCUACAACCGGUGUCUGUGUCGAUGGGAACACACCUGCUCCAACUAAUGCCCCGACGCCUGCUCCUACUCCUGCACCCACGCCUGCCCCUACGUCUGCUCCCAAUUCUGACUGCCCUGGAUGUGGACAAGUGAACCGUGCCAACCGCAUUGUUGGUGGAGUAGAGACGGAGGUGAACGAAUAUCCCUGGAUGGUUUCUCUUGUCAACGGAAAUGGAUACUAUCACUUCUGUGGCGGUUCUAUCAUCUCCAGCCAAUGGGUCGUCACUGCAGCUCACUGUGCAGCUAAUGCAUUUUUUUUUCUAAAUUUUCCUUAUAUUUACAGCAUGAGCACCUCGGAUUACGUGUUGGUGGGAGACCACAAUCUGUAUUCAUCAAGUGAUGCCAAUUCUCAGUGGAUGCAGAUUGCUGAAAUUGUGAGUCAUCCGUCCUAUAAUUCCAAUACACUGGACAACGACAUUGCCCUCAUCAGACUCACCACAGAAAUACAGUUCCCAUCUGACAACAAAAUCGCCCCUGUGUGCCUUCCAACUGCUGGUGAAAUGUAUGAUAAUGUGGAUGCCACAAUCACAGGAUGGGGAGCUCAACAGGAGGGAGGUUCCACAUCAGGCACCUUGUUCGAAGUUACAGUGCCCACCAUGACUAACACCGAAUGCAAUAACAAGUAUGGAGGAAGCAUCACUGACAACAUGAUCUGCGCAGGCAUUCCUGAGGGAGGCAAGGACUCCUGUCAGGGAGACUCUGGAGGACCAAUGGUGGUGGAAGAAAACGGCAAGUGGAAGCUGGUGGGAGUUGUGUCGUGGGGUUAUGGCUGUGCUCGACCUGAUAGGCCCGGAGUUUAUGCAAGAGUUACACAUGGCUCCACAUGUACUCAGUCAACAAGGAGUGUAUCAGUAGAUCCUAGUGAUCACUCUUAA